UUCAGUCCUUUUCCUACCUAGACUCAUACAAACCACUCUCGUUGUACACUACGCCUUUAAUCAGUCUGCUUUCUAACGUGUUGUGCAUCUUAUACUUGUCUUUCGCUACUUGUUCUGUCUUUCUUCAGCAUACCGUACGAACAACUUUGACGAUCUGAAACGAAUAUUUACCGCGAUCCCUUUUCGAAGCCUGUAUUCUCCAUUGGCCUGCCUGCCUUCAACCAUAAAGCGAAUAGAACUCGAGGGGUGUUGAAAGAGGAGGUUUCUGUUUAUACCUUUGAAUUCUGGCCUUGUAUUCUGGCCUUGGAACAUUCUCCUUGAGGCCCUGUCGACAACUUCGCUCGGCAGGGGCACAAGAGGACUUCGACAUGGCAAACCGCUACUCUACCUACUCGAACAACUCCUCUCAAGUUGGUGCUGUGCGAUCCCCAGCCGAACAGUCUACACAAGUCUCGACAACAACGCUGCUGAAUGCAUUGCAUACUAUCUAUGCCUCUGGUCAGACCUAUCAACUGGAUGCCAGCACGAGUAUCGCCGUCAACACUUGGUUGACCGCAACCAAUCCAGAUGCUCAAGGGAGGUCAGGUGGCGCGGUAGAUGCUGAAAUUGGCUUCAAGGCUUGGGAGCACGCAAGAAGAAGAGCAGAGGAUGCUUGUGUCAUACUGGGAUCACUCCAUCCCUCAACGCCCUCUGUAUUACAACCCUUUCUCAGGGUCAUUCCUUUGCCUACCCCCAAUCUCGCCUUUACCGCCUUGUCAGCAUUGCGACCCUUCCUGUCCUGCGUUACUCCCGCAAAUUCUGCAACCUAUCGCCAUUCCGCACUAUCAGCAAGAUAUACAGUCACCCUGUCUGGCACUAUUACUGGUUUCUCGUUAGCUCUUUCAGGAUCUGGAAUUGAUGUACAAAAUGGCUUGUUGAGAGUGCCUGCGGAGCCCGGCUACCGAGCCUUUGAUGUUUUUUACUAUCUUCUGACAUCCGCUUCUACACCAGCCGAACGGGAGUUUUUGGACCUACAACAUCCUUCAAAAUACACUCUGUUGAAUAGGUCUGGCACCUACGAUCCACCCUCCUACCUGCCAACUGGUGAUGAUGCUGCUGCAGCCGAAGAUUUCCGUGGAGCACUGAAGUUGAUUGGCAUAAAGGGUGCGUCUUUCCGAGGCCUUUUAUCAUGCCUUGCUGGACUACUGAAACUGGGCGAGACCACUGGGUUUCUCAUCGAUUCCGAUUCACUCGAGGACAUUUGCGAAGAUGUCGGAGCCCUCAUUGGUCUUGAGCCAGAAGUUCUCUUCAACAAAUGCAGUGGUGAUGACCGCGAGGUACUGAUAGCUGGAAUGUACGAAGCUCUCGUUGAUUGGGUUAUUUCCAAAGCGAAUGAUGCAAUCGCCGCGGAGUUGCGAGCAGGUGCACUUACUCCGGAUUCAAGCACACAGAAUGGCGAUGAAGUGAGCCUUUCCGUGGUUGAGGUCCCCGGGGAAGGAUUAGCAAAAGCCGUUGCACUCCGCAAUGUUUUCGACGAUUCCAUCGGUAUCAAUGCUGAAAUGAAAGAAGAUGGGGUGGAGAUUACUCCUGCUGGUCAUUCCGUCCUGAAGGAAAUGCAUUUAGCGGUCUCUGAAGUUGAGGCGGAUUUGGGCAUCACCAGUGGCCCGUUGAGCCGCGAGAGAGAGCACGAUCAUGAUAGGCGAGAGGGAAUCCUACAAAAAAUCGGAGCAGAGGCAGAAGAUGGAGGAUUCCUACACACCUUACUAUACCCAGUCGCUGGAGAAGGCCUAAACUUUGGCAAACAAGGUCGCUUUGAUUUAGCAACAACCCUGGCGAGCAGCAGAGCUUGGUACCAGCUGUCCAUCCAUCCUACCGAUGACAUGCCUGGCACCCUGGCCACCCCAUCUUCAGCCACUUCAGCUUGGUCUGCUGCUGCGGUUUCUCGGCAAUUGCGCGCAUGGAGACUUCCUGAGUGGGCCAACCAUCGGAACAGGCAGCUUGACUUUACUGCCGACUUUGAUGUUGAAGAAUUCGUCACAAGAUACUCUCGACUCGGUUGCAAAGAUGGCAAAGAUGGAAUAGAGAGCUUUCUUCUCGAGCGUGGCUGGACGAAUGGCGAAGUUGUUAUCGGACGUGAACGCGUCUGGAUGCGCGAGGCGGCUUGGUGGGAAGCCGAAACAAUGCUGGAUAUGAAAGCCGUGCCUUCAGGCUACGCCGAAGAUUCUGCAUUCGGUCAGCCUACCAAUCCUUUCCUGUCCGGCUACUCUGCCAACCCGCCCAAUAACGGAAGUGGGUUUUUCCCUCCGAUGGGCGACAACAUGAGCCUUCAAGACAGUCGCGAAAACCUUUUCAAUCAGGCCGGGGUUGAUCGUGCCAAAUCAAUCGCACCAACAAUGGCCCGUACCGUUCAAACGAUCGGUGGGGACUAUGGACUUGGUCCAAAAGGCGAUAGUCAGAAAGACCAGACUUAUUAUGAUGAGUUAGGACGUUAUACUGGUGAACUAGAUCCCGAGUUUGGCGACCCUCGCAAUAUCGAGUCCAAAAAAACCUCAAAGGGCAGACAGGUCUGGGUGUCCUUUGUCUGGGCUUUGACAUGGUGGAUUCCGUCCGUGGCUCUCCGAUAUAUCGGACGGAUGAAACGGCCAGAUGUUCGAAUGGCCUGGCGCGAGAAGGUUGUCCUUGUCUUCUUGAUCUUCUUGAUCAAUGCUGCUAUCGUCUUCUACAUCGUGGCCGUUGGGCGCCUUUUAUGCCCCAAUUUCGACAAAGUAUGGAACGCCAAAGAGGUGGGAUUUCAUCAAGGUACCAAUGAUUACUAUGUUAGCAUUCGAGGCAGCGUCUACGACAUGACCCAUUUCUACAAAAUCCAGCAUAGUGAUACGAGCAUCCACACCAACGCUGACAACAUGAUUCCAUUCGCUGGACAGAACCUGGACGCCUACUUUCCUCCUCCCCUGAGUCGAGCAUGUCCUGGCCUAGAUGUUGACGAGUCUGUACAACUGCAGCACAAUGACACUUCGGCUGUUCUAUACCCUAAUGCAGUCCAUACCUCCGGUCACCGAUACCAGACGGACCAGCAGUCCAAGCUAUACAGCUGGAAUUGGUAUUCCGAUGUUUUCUUGCCUUCAGUCAAACAAUAUUACAAAGGUGAUCUGGUGGUCACGCGGGGAAGCGUUCGAAAGCAGGCAGACAACGAUCAGAGAAUGUGGGUCAUCAUUGACAAGAAAAUCUACGAUCUGACCGACUAUUUCUACACCCUAAACCUCAUGAACAAUUUUGGCACCUACAAGUUCUUCCCUGACGAGGUGACCAACCUUUUCAAUCAAUAUCCAGGCACGGAUAUCACGGACAAGUGGGGGACGACUGCAACUUUCCAAAACAGUCUGAAUUGCCUAAACAAUGCAUUUUACGUUGGCAAGGUUGACUUCCGACAAUCUGCUAAGUGCACAGCCAACAACUGGUUCUUGCUUUCCUUUUCCAUCCUACUGUGUACUAUCAUUCUGGCGAAGUUCCUGGCUGCUUUACAAUUCGGCUCCAAACGUCGACCAGCAGCCCAGGACAAGUUUGUUAUCUGCCAAGUGCCCGCCUACACCGAGGGUGAAGACCAUCUCCGAAAAUCUCUGGAUUCUCUUACGGCUCUUCAAUAUGACAACAAGAGAAAGCUAAUUUGUGUCAUAUGCGACGGCAUGAUUGUUGGCGGUGGCAACGAUAGGCCUACCCCAAAGAUUGUUCUCGAUAUCCUUGGUGUUGACCCGAAAAUAGACCCACCUGCUUUGCCUUUCAGAUCUGUUGGUAGUGGAAACGAACAAUUGAAUUAUGGGAAGGUCUACUCAGGUCUGUACGAGUAUGAGGGCAAUGUUGUUCCCUAUAUUGUCGUUGUCAAAGUUGGAAAGGAGUCCGAGCAGUCGAAGUCUAAACCUGGCAACCGUGGCAAGCGAGACUCCCAAAUUUUGCUCAUGCAGUUCUUGAACCGUGUUCACCAUAGAUCAGCAAUGUCGCCAUUGGAGCUCGAAAUGUUUCACCAGAUCAACAACAUUAUCGGAGUGGAUCCAGAGCUGUACGAGUAUCUUCUGAUGGUCGACGCCGAUACCAUGGUCAAGGAGGACUCACUCAAUCGUCUGGUUGCCGCCUGUGCCGACAAUGCAAAGAUUGCUGGCAUUUGUGGAGAGACAAGCUUGGAAAAUGAGGAGCGAAGCUGGUGGACAAUGAUCCAAGUCUACGAGUACUAUAUCUCCCAUCAUCUUGCCAAAGCCUUCGAAUCACUCUUUGGUAGCGUGACCUGUUUGCCGGGAUGUUUCUGCAUGUAUCGUCUUCGAACAGCUGACAAAGGUCGACCUCUCAUCAUCUCGGACAAGGUGAUUCAAGAGUAUUCUGAUUGUGAUGUUGACACACUUCACAAGAAGAACCUCUUGUCGCUUGGUGAGGAUCGGUUCUUGACGACUUUGAUGAUGAAGCAUUUCCCGGCCAUGUCCUACAAAUUUGUCCCGGAUGCCUGCGCAUUGACCGCGGCCCCUGAGACAUGGUCGGUGUUACUUUCGCAGAGACGUCGAUGGAUCAAUUCCACCAUCCACAACCUUGCGGAACUUGUCUGGUUGAACGACCUCUGUGGUUUCUGUUGCUUCUCGAUGAGAUUUGUCGUCUUUAUCGACCUUUUUGGUACCAUUCAACUUCCUGCCACGUGUGUCUACCUCGUCUACCUGAUCUACAGAGUGGCAGCUCACCAAGGCGAAUUUCCACUCAUUUCAAUCGUCAUGAUAGCUACUACUUACGGUCUCCAGGCGUUGAUUUUCAUCCUGAAAAGGCAAUGGCAACACGUAGGCUGGAUGAUCAUCUAUGUUCUCGCCUACCCCAUUUACAGUUUUAUACUGCCCAUCUACUCCUUCUGGAAUCAAGACAAUUUCUCGUGGGGAAACACCAGGAUUGUCAUUGGGGAAAAGGGAGAUAAAAAGGUGGUUGCACUUCAGGACGAAGGAUUCGACCCGAGAUCGAUACCCUUGCAACGAUGGGAUGACUAUGCAGCUUCCAACAAUUUACCGGGACGACGUGGUAACAGCGACAAUUAUCACGAAAAGGGUUUUGAGGCUGGAUAUACUGAUGACCCCAGCAUGAUGGAAAUGGAUGACAUGCAUUCUGUGUAUUCCUCCGUCAAGCCGGCGAGCACCAUUCUCGCAGGAUUCCCGCAGCAACAGCAUCCUUUUAUGGCACCGCCUCGGUCACCAGCACCGUUCGGGGUGAAUAACCGUGCUAGCACGAUGACAGGUUUGACCCAAUUCAAGGAUCAACCCGUCAGCGUUCACGGGCGCAACAUGAGCAUGAUGAGCCUAGGAAGCCAGGCACGUCUGAAAUCACCCUCACCAAAUCCCUUCCAAGAAAACCCUCGAAGCCCAUAUCAGAGUGGUUACGGUAUUCCACCUUCAAUCAGCAGACCUAGUCUGCUUGGCCUGGGGGCCAGUCGGCCAGCAUCUACAGUGAUGGACUUCCGCACUGUGCCGACGGCCGGGCCUAGCGAUCAAGAUAUGAUCGAGGCCAUUCGAGCGGUGCUGAGCGAGGUCGACCUCGAUACUGUGACGAAGAAACAGGUUCGAGCCCUGGUCGAACAAAGACUACAAUGUGAAGUCCCUGCUGGUGAAAGAAGACAAUUUUUAGAUAGGGCUAUUGACAACGAACUGGCGAACAUGUAAGGCAUUUCUUACUUAUAGCAACUAAAAGGCUCAAGGUUGGAGUAAUCACAAUGGAUGAGGAAGCUUCGGCGUUGUCGGUUUCGGAGGGGGCAUAUCCGUAUUUGCUGGUGGAAAUGGGGAAAAAGGAAACUAUAUGUGAGAUGAUGCACAUUCAUAUAUGCGUCGCCAUGGCGGAAUUGUGGACAAUCUCGGCAGAUUUAUAGCGAUAUUGCGUGCGUGCAUAGGUACGGAGUAUCGUGGACUGAGAUAUAGCCAGGCUCGUGGCGUUGAAAAUUCACAGUAAUGCUGUUCUUCGUCGUUCUCGAAUAUAUAUUCUGAUCGAGGCGUUUGAGCGACUGCUGGG